CAGUAGUUCCGACCGCGCGUUUGUAAGUGUGUGCGUGUGUACGUCGACGCGUGUGUUGGUGUCUAGUGUGGACCAUGGAACUAACUUGCUACCAAGCUACAAGUCACAUUUUUUAGGGCGCCGCAGCUGCCAUGUAGCGCGAUGACUCCAGCUGAUGUCAUCUGGUCUCUGUCACUCCUGCAGACGGUCCGCGCCCUCUACCUAGGGCAGUGUGACGUUCCUCUAGGGAUGGAGUCCGGUGCCAUUCCAGACCAAGACAUCACGGCCAGCUCGGCCUAUGACUCUGGUAGUGUGGGUCCGCACCACGCCAGGUUGAAGAACGACAAGCACGGUGGUGCAUGGUGUCCGAGACACAUGGUGACCCAGGAAGCGCGGGAGUUCCUGGAGAUUGACCUGAGGGAGGUUCACGUCCUGACGGCCACCAGGACACAGGGACGCUACGGGAACGGUCAGGGUCAGGAGUAUACGGAGGAGUUCUACCUAGACUACUGGAGGCCUGGGUUCAGCAAGUGGCGAAGAUGGCAGAGCUUUGCUACCAAGUCGGUACUACCUGGUAAUACGGACACCAUUACCGUGGUAGAACAGAACCUCCAGCCAGCCCUCAUAGCCAGCAGAGUCCGGUUCGUUCCCUUCACAUCACAUGUGCGGACAGUCUGUCUGCGGGUGGAGCUGGUCGGAUGUCCAUGGACAGAGGGGGUGAUCAGCUACUCUAUGCCCCAAGGAGCUGUGCAGGGCUCAGAGAUGGACCUGAGGGACCGUAGCUACGACGGUCGGGAGGAGGGUGGUCUCCUGACAGAGGGGUUGGGUCAAUUGACAGACGGUCUCUGGGGUUAUGACUCCUUCCGAAUGGAUCUAGAGGCCUCUCCGAAAGGGUUCGGAUGGGUGGGCUGGAGGAACGACACGCCGGGCUUGCUGGGUAAUCCUGUGGAAAUUGUUUUCGAGUUUGACCGCGUUCGCAACUUCUCAGCAAUGCACCUUUACACCAACAAUCUCUUCUCGAGGGAAAUUCAGGUGUUCUCACAUGCCAAGGUGUACCUGAGUAUAGGAGGUCGUCAGUUCCCCGGUGAGCCCGUCCACUUCUCCUACAUGCCAGAUCUGAUCAUGGAACAUGCCAGGAACGUAACUGUCAAGCUCCACCACAGGAUCGGAAGGUUCCUGAAGCUACAGAUCUACUUCGCCGCUACAUGGAUUCUCCUCAGCGAAGUUUCCUUUGAAUCAGUGGUGGUCCCUUGGAACACCACAGUGGAGGAACCAGAGGUGGUCCAUGUUCACGUGGUGGAGCCCCAAAGAGAAGAUCCUCCUCAGAGAGAUGAGGUGCAAACAACACCAACUAAAGAGCAACACCAGCACACCAUGGUGUCUCCAGCGGCCGCCGCACCGCGCCCUGAGCCAGAGUCCCGCCAAGUCCUAGGCCUGGUGAUAGGCAUGUUGUUGGCAGUCAUCGGUCUUCUUCUGGGCGCCAUCGUGUUCGUGGUUGCUCGCAACCGCAAACUGAAGAGCGCCGUCGCUCAUCCUACACUAGGGCGACCCUUCCCUUGCGAUAAGGGGCUCAGUCUUAACAUGAAGGACGUGCAGAUGAGGGUGAAUGUCCACGCCAAUGGACACGUCUACGGUCAACUGUCUAUGGACGAGGAUAAGUGUCAGCCUCCUCCACCGUUGUACCACGAACCUUUCAAACCUACAGACUACUCUCACACUCUGCCUGCAGACACGCUACACUACCAGAUAGGUGGUGAACGAGACAGACGAGCUGACCUUACCCUACCUCUCAACUCUGCUCUCUACCCUCACGUCCCCGUGACGUCACCGAUGUAUCCUUCCCCCACUCCUAAAACACCUCAGCGUCCUCUACCUCCGCUACAGGACCUGUUCCCUAAACCCCCUCCAAUACCACCGCCUCCGGAGGACUACUACGCCACGGACAUUUGCAAUGGAGGUCCUCCAGCUAACUCCCCGGCAGCUCCUCCCUCCGCUAGUAGUCAAUCCUCCAACUCCUCUCACAGUCACACUACUUGUAGACGACUCCCCAUACUGUCGCUCCCGUGGAGUCAUCUACAACUAGGCCCACAGUUGGGUGUGGGUAGGUUUGGUGAGGUUCACCAAGCGGAAGUGACGGAAUGGCCUGAGGCCUGGAGAGGGCUUACAGACUGUACAACAGUAGCAGUUAGAAGCCUUAGGCCUAACGCUUCAGAGGCCACCAGGAGAGAGUUCAUAGAGGAGGCCGAGGCUGUAUGGCGACUGGUGGACCCUAACCUCGCAAUGCUGGUCGGAGCCGAACUGACCAAAGACCCUCUCUUCCUCGUGGCACAAUAUUCACCCCUGGGAGAUCUCAACCAGUUUCUCCAGGAUCACAUGGCCGAGACCUCGGCACACCUUCCUCCUAAUGCCAAAACCCUCAGUUAUGGUUGCCUUAUAUACAUGGCGACCCAGAUUGCUUCAGGUAUGAAGUACUUGGAGGCCAUGAAGUUUGUACAUAGAGAUCUAGCCACGAGAAACUGCCUUGUGGGCGAGAAGUUUCAAGUGAAGGUAUCAGACCUGGGAUUGGGGCGGAGUCUUUACUCAGCUGACUACUUUGAUCUUGACGGCAAGGAAGCUCUGCCUAUAAGAUGGAUGUCUUGGGAAGCUGUCUUACUGGGGAGAUACAGCAGCAAGAGCGAUGUCUGGGCAUUCGCUGUCACUCUCUGGGAGAUUCUGACGUUUGCCAGAGAACAGCCCUUCGAGGAGUUGGGAGACGAGAGGAUAAUAGACAAUGUCACUCACUUCUACCAAAACGAUGGCAAACAGAAGUACCUACCUCAGCCCUUUAACUGCCCAAAGGAGAUCUAUGAUUUGAUGUGUGAGUGCUGGCAACGGGAGGAAAAGAACAGACCAAACUUCAGGGAAAUCCACCUUUUCUUACAGAGGAAGAACCUAGGAUACAGUCCUGACUCAGACUGACAAACAGAUGUAUAGGAUCUCAUGUCGUUCCUCGAAUAGAAUAAUGCAUUUAAUUACAUUUAGAUACAGUAGAUUACUUGUUGGGUUGAACACUUUGUAUUUCUUUACUAAAACUUGAAAAGUCAAAACCAUCAAUUCGAAAAAUAUUCAAACCAAACAUUUGGGAUUUGAAAUAAGUAAUGUCUAGCAAAAUACUAAAAAAAAGGAAAACAGCAAUAAUAUAACAUAAUAGCUGUACGAACAGGUUUUGAGUCGUCAACCUGAUGAUGACGACGUAAAAGGAGUUAAACGGCGAUAGUCAAACGCAAGUGAUUUUUCAAGAGGGCGUUUUCAUUUAUUGUUUUGUUAACUUGAUUUGUUAAUAUUUUAUAUGAUUAGCAACGAUUAUCAUCCUGUUCCUUUUGAUCGAUUAACCAACCUUAAGAUUGUAAACAACCAAUUUAAACAUUUUGUGGAUUGCUAGUCUUACAAUGUGUAAGUAAAUGGCAAAACUAAGCCACAGAGUCAAAGAUUUAAAAUACAGUACGAUAUUUUAGAUGUUUACCGGCAACCGUAGUUAAUUUUGCCAUAUUAAACUUGAUUUAAUUUUCCCCCAACUGAAAUGAUUUUUUUUUCUUGAACUCAAAAAACAUUUACUGUUAUAAGAAUAAAAUAUUUAAUCGUAAAUGUGCUGUUCACAAUGCUAUGUUAAAUUUUAAAAAUAUAAUAAUUAAGUCUCAAUAUAUACUAACAUAAACUAUCUUCAUAAAUUAUAAUGCAAUGAUGUAGGGUGUUGUAAAUAAACAUAGUGCCUAAUAUUAAUGAAAUAAAUUUAUAUUUGGUUAUAGAAAAUUACAUUUGUUCAUAUUGCAUGUAAAAAUAUUUCAACUGUAUAAAGAAUUGCUGCUACUAGCUCUACUAAAACUAUCUCAUUGAUUUAUGGUAUUGAUAGAGAGUGUAUAGAGUUGUAAAUUCAUAGGCUAAUGACUUAUGGAACAACUAAAUUAAGAAAUGUCUUUUCUGAUUAAAUAAAUUUCAUUUACAACGACCUUUUGCCCUUUUACUAAAUAAAGGUAAAUAGAGUAUAGAGGUUACAUAAAAUAUAUCUCAGUUGUUUUAUCCUGACUUUUUUAGUUUCUAAAAGUGUAUUUAUUUAAGCUAAAUUUGUUCUAAUUAUAUCAUUUUAAGGUAAUAUGUAUAUUUAUAAAUAAAAUGUUUUAAAACAAUAUUUGAAACACAUCUCUUGGUAGAGAUAACAAAAAAGGUUCUAUUAUAACGAUUCUAACAUAAGUAGGUUUGUUAUAUAGAUCUAGAAGAUUGCACGUCGUACAACUGAGGUCAAACCAAAGAAUUAUUUUUCAGAAAUGUUAAAAAUUAUUACAAUCAUAUCCUCAAUUAAGGUUUCUUAUUCUUGAAAAAUUACCUUGAACGAAACCUAAAUGGCUGCACAAAUAUUUGUAAAUUUUUAUAAAACAAGAAUGCACUUUGUUUUAGAUUUUUGAACUAAAUGUAUGAAAUGCUUCUCUUGAUUCCGUAUUAAGGAACUGGGGACAACAUUAUACAAUAUUAGUUGUUGUGAUAGUAAAUACUAUCGAAACUAAUAUUAAUUAGUACAGUUAAAACUCAGAUUUGAUUUGUGAAAGGAAAAACGCAGUAACAUGAAUUGCCAUUCUUCACUGAGAUUUCUUUGUAAAUUAUUCUAGAAUGAUAUUGCUAAAAAUGUGCUUGUACAAGUUUCGGUAGUAAAAGCUAUUGAGAGGUCUACUUUCCUUUUAAAAACUUUUGUACAGUGACCGUUCAAUCAAAAUUGAGUAAUACAUUUGAAUUUUACCUUAAAAAACUAACUUGUUGGUUAAUAGAUUGGUAAUUAAAAUCUUUUACCAGCUAUACAUGUAGA